AUGCUCCUGCUGGAGCUGCUCACUAGCAAGUCCCUGACGCACGCGUCCCUGCAGGAGGCGACGACGGCAUGUCCAGCAUGGCAGCAUCUGCAGGACGGCGGUGGCGGAGAGAAAAGGGAGGAGAGGAAGGAGAUGGGAGGCCGUAGGGAGAGGUGUGGUGUGCUAACGGGAGAGGAUUCUCACACUUUGCAUGUGGUUACUUAUCUGAACACUCUUUGCAUGUGGGCUUCAGGUGCACGGAGGUGUCAUGUGACAAUUGUUAUGCCAGCCACUCUUGCUCAGUAUUCGAAGAUCAUACAGAAUCCUUCGUAUUCUGAGCUUCAGAAAGCAGCAAGUCAGGGUAGGCGAUGCACUUGGGAAAAGCUCUCUGCCAUCAGGGCAAACUGUGCUAUUGAGCUUGCAUUAGAUGAAUGUGUUGCCCUCCUGAACCACAUGCGUAGGCUGAAGAGAAGUGCAGAAAGAGCAGCCGCUUCACAAGGAUAUGGUGCUACAAUUAGACUCUGUCCAUCUAGAAGGAUUCCGUCAUGGAAUCUCAUAGCAAGAGAAAAUUCAACUGGUUCUCUCGAUGAGGAGUUGCUCACAUCUCCCACUGUUACGAGCCAUCAAGAAGUUGGAGGAACUGCUGGGCCAUCUAACAGAAAUCACCAUCUCCAACAUAGUAUACAUGAUAGCAGUGACAGUGAAUCUGAGAGUAUAGACUUGAACUCAUGGACGAGAAGUGGCGGCCCUCUCAUGAGGACAGCCUCGGCUAAUAAAUUCAUCAGAUUUGUUCAGAACCUUGAGAUUGACCCAGAAUUCAGAAUAAUAUCACCAAAGGGAAGUGAAGGUGAUAUUUUGACACCGAAUAGUAACUUGUUUGCUGGUCACCCAAUUGGUAGAGAGCCAGUUGAUAAUCAUCCAAGGCCUGUUACUCCUGGUAGGACCUCAGGCAAUACAGGUUCCGAUCCUCAUGAUACACCUGUUCCUAGGUCUCCAUUUGGUCUUUCCGCGAGUAUCAUGGUCCCUGAAGGUGACUUGUUGCAGCCUGAAAAGAUUGAGAAUAGUAUUUUAUUCAAUGUUGUCAGAAGGGAUACUCUCUUAGCAUCUACUGGUGGAAUUGAACCUCAUGGAUCUUCACAGGAAGUAGAUGUGGAAACUGUACCGACCGAGUGCCUUUAUGGUGCUUCGGAUGACGACGACAACGUGGAACUGAAUGCCGAUGAUGAAGAGUUAUAUGAUCGUGGAGAUCGGAGAUCUUCAGUUGCAGGAAAUCUAGAUUCGUUUGCUUCCAUGGAUUGUCAAGCUGAAGCAAGUACUACUCGAUCAGAAGCUCCAUCUCUCUUUGAUAUCUGUGUGGAGAUUCCUACCAUCUUAUUAUUGGAGAUGGCCAGUUACAGUUUCAUCUAA